CAUAAUGCAAAAUGUAUUUCUAUACAGUCUGCCUUACUUUCUUAGUUAUCAUUUGUUAUAUUUAUCUUUCAAUUGAGAUAAUUGAAGCAUUAUCACUAACUUGUCAAUUCAAUACGAUAGUCGUAUUCGGUGACUCCACUUGUGAUAAUGGAAAUAAUUCAUGGCCUUUAACUAAUUAUACGUAUCCGCCCAAAGAAUACUAUUAUAAUGGAAGAUUUAGCAAUGGACCAGUUUGGGUUGAAUAUUUAUCUGAUUAUUGUCAUGCAAAAGAAGAAAAUCAUGCCUUCAGUGGUGCUACGGUUGACAGUAAAUUCGUCAUAGCCUCAAACGGCUUGGACUAUAACAUUCCUGUGCCGGGGAUAAAACAAGAAAUAGAGAAAUUAUAUUUAUCCGAAGCGAAGACUAAAAGUGUUAAUUUUGAUAAAACACUAUAUAUCAUAGGACACCAAGGGAACGAUUAUAUAAACAAUCCAAAUGCAAAUCCACAAGAAGUAGUAAGAUUAUUGUAUGAACAAUGGGUAACAUUAGCAAAAGUUGGAGCAAAGUAUCUCUUAAUUAACCAAUUUUUUGAUCUUGAGCAUUUACCGAAAGCGGUAAGAAAUAUUGAUGUAUUUAAAAAAUUAUUGAAUGAAUCAGUAUCAAGUGCACAUAAUGCUGCCUUAGAUUCUUAUGUCAAGAAAUUUAGACAGGAAUAUAAGGAGGUUACUUUAUAUAUUUUACCCAUGAACGAAAUUUGGGAUGAACUUCAACAAGCCAAUAUCAGAAAAGAAUUUGGAUUAACGGAUUUUGAUAAUGCUUGUGUUAUAAGAACUGGACGUAACACUUUUACCAUUUGUUCAAAUCCAACCCAACAUUUUUUUUGGGAUCUCCUUCAUCCGAGCACAACAGUUCAUCGAUAUGUUGCGUUAAAAGCUUAUAAGAUCAUUACAUGAAGAAAAUAAUAAAUUUAUACAAGCAUAUACUGUAAUUAUUUAUGCAAGAUUAUCACAAAAACAAACAAUUUUUGUAUAUUUAAAAUGGUUAAAUCAUU